AUGACAGAAGUGGGGGCGAGGAUUGACAGGGCCCUUGGAAAGGGACUUGACUUAAUCUGUCGUGCAAUGGCAAAUAGCCAUCAUGACGAAAAUUGCCGACGCGAAAGCGAGAUAGGAAAUAUCCAUGAGGUGCAGCAGAGUCAAUUUGUCGCGACCUCGGGGCUCGGGUCAGCGAGCACCUCAGACGGACUGAGCAGCUUGUGCAUGGAGAUGUCGCAUGGAUGCAUGUGUAAAAGAUGGCAGCACCAGUUGGCUCGAAACGAGCGAGUCAGGAGGAUUUCGCGUGCGCAGGUGCAGGAAGGCACUCCUAGCUCCAAGGCACAAAUUGAUUGUGAGAUCACCAGUCAGCAGCGGCGGUUUCGCUGGCUGCAGUCGAAAUCGAGCAUCCCAGGCGGCUGGCAGGGAUCGGGCUUAGGGGGUGGUCGGAUCCGACCUGUGGUCAAAGUGCUCCACGACCGAGUAAAGUCGAGUGGGAAGCUUGCGGCAUCCCCUCGCGCGCCGCUUUUGCAGUCCCACCUUCAAGUGUAUAUCUUCUGCGGUCUUCAUUCCGCAGAUUGGCCCAAGACUCGUUUCCUCAUGAUGGACGGUAAAAACAGCAUCGGAAGGAAGGUAUCAUUGCUCAACGACGACUCGCACACUGCCGCCGUAUUGCCCCGUCUGCCGCCGCUGAGCGUCUACUACCGGGCUACGCACUCGCACUCGCGCUCGCCAAGUUUGGCUUCGUCGACGCCCAGCGUUUCCCCACAAACUCCCCGAUUGGUGAGAAGCGAAUCGUCGGAUUCCCGCCAUCUUCCACUCUCACCUCUCACACCACCUCCAACAUCCUUCGACCACUUGCAUCAUUCCAAGUCGGCCCACUCUCUUUAUUUCGCCGGACCUGCCUCAUUUGCCAAAAUGGAUGACUCGACGUCCUCCAUCUACCCUCCGGUCCCGGACUCGCAGGCCGUUGCGCCUUAUCCAAUGCCCGUCUCGCAGCCCGCAUCAUCAACAACGCCAGCCAUGUCGCAACCCAUGGCGCUGUCUUAUCAACGCAGCUCCAACUCGCCUGUCUCCGAGUCAUCACGCGCCCCUGCCGCCAACAAGUCUUCCACCAAGAAGAACCAGUAUCCCUGCCCUUUGGCUAAGCACUACAACUGCAGCGACUUCUUCACCACAUCCGGCCAUGCCGCCCGUCACGCCAAGAAGCACACUGGCAAGAAGGACGCUUUCUGUCCCGAGUGCAACAAGGCCUUUACUCGCAAGGACAACAUGGAACAACACCGUCGUACCCACCAAAAUGUACGCGGCCCUUCCAAGUCUUCGACAGACGGUCGUGUCAAGAAGUCAACCAAGCCUGCCCCGCGCAAGUCCAUCUCUGGCCCUCUGGAAGCUGCUGCCGUUGCUCAACUAGAGGAGCACCAAUCUCAGCCCCCGCAACAAAUACCUCAACACCAACACCAAUUCCAGUCAGCUCAGCAACCCAUCAUGUCGACUAGCCCUUACUACAUCAACCCAGACCCCAUUCAACCUCUUCCUCAACCCAUUCUCUCCGACUUCAACAACACAAGGCCUCCGCUCUACCGCUCCAGCUAUCCCAGCUCGCUGGACUUCCUUCCUCCCCAAACCAGCCUUGUGCAAGACCCAGACCUCCACUACAGCUAUCCCUCACCCGGUCUUUCUAACGGCCUUGACACUCUAGCUCUGGCUGCCAGUGAUCACCGACGCAUGUCUGGCGAGGACUCCUGCUAG